AGUUCCAAACGAUUGGAUAUCCACAUAACAUAAUCACCGCAAGCAAUAAUUUUAAAUCAGUUGGUAGCACGUGGCUAGCUGGUAGCCGAAAGGAGGCUGGUGUUACUCGGUGCGAAUAAAUUGACGAAUUUUGAUGUUUAUCACCCACGGCCAAUCGUCUUAUCAGUUCCACGCAUCCAUGAAUCGCAUUCGUAUAUAAAUGAAUAGAUGUUAAACUAUGUUGCAACUAGUGAGUUGGCGUGUUAUGUGUGUGUGUGACUAGUUUGUUCAGACGGUGCUAGUUGGAAAGGAAUCGUAGAUCUGUAGAGGAGGCAGACAAAAGGUUAUACCCGAAACAGGUGUCAUUUGGAGAAAGCAAGCGACCAUCCAUAAAUAACUGGCACUUCCAAACGGAGACACAUAGUGUGUUUUUUGUUCAAUCACGUGAUCGGAUGCUCGCGCAUAUCUCCAACAGGAAGUAGUGGUAGAAAUUCUUUUGUAUGACGCGCGCAUAAAAAAAAAUUGUGGCGCAUGUACAUGUUGAUCGAAAAACACUGAACAGGGGACUUUUUGUGAGCUUCGAAAUUAAGCAAAAGCUAUACACGUAAACUCGAUGUGUUAAUACUUUAACUGGUUAAUAUUUUGUAAAGGAAAAAUGAAAAUGAAAAUUACUCGAACUGCUGAUAAAAUAUUAGCUUUACAGGAAAGUGCGCAUACGUUUCACGCAAAAUUUAAUUUGUUAUAACUGAGCAAAUCGUUUAGUAUUAUUUAAACAUUUUAGUUAAUUUAUUUUCUCGCAGUAUUAUUUUUUAGAAAUGGUGGUGUUCGAAGCGCUCUUGUGUUCAUGUGCGGUUCUAGUCGUAGUUUUAAUAGUGUUGUCUGUCAUUGGCAAAGUGACUAGCCUCUCACCCCCGGGACCCGGGGGCCUGCCGUAUAUAGGUCAAGGGCUGAACUUUUCAGUUAACUCCGCCCACAAACAAUUCACCGAAUGGGCAAAGGAGUAUGGCGACAUCGUCAUGUUUAGGAUGUUCGGACAACCGGUCGUUGUUCUAAAUAACCCAGACUUGAUCCGGAAGGCAUUUUCGGCCAAGGACAUUAAGUCAUCGAUAAGCGACCGCCCGCCGUCGUUUAUCGGUCAGUUCGUUGCGGGGCAGUAUAAUGAUAUUCUCUUUCGGAAAUACGACCCCUUAUGCGCGGACUUGAAACGGGUCACAAUACAGGUCAUGUACAAAACGGGAGCGUCGAAAGCGGAACUUGAGGCUCUUGUGUCGUCAGAGAUACAGGAUUACGUCUCAAAAAUAAGCGCCGCGGAAGGCGACGUAGACAUCAUUGAAUCGUUGCAGACCACACUAUGUAAACUCAUCGGCGUCUUGUAUACAGGAAAGCGCCUGUCGACCGAUGAUCCAAGUUUUCAGGCGAUUGCAGACUUCGAUCGCGCCGGAAACGAGAUCAUAACUCCUUCUGUGCACCUGGUGCUGAAAGUCAUGCCCUGGUUACGGCAUCUACCUGGUUACUAUGGAAACCUGUUUGACAGAACCAUGCAGUGUAAAGAGCGACUUAAACGAGACCUGAUACAAAAAGAAAAGGAAGCCGGAUGUGGCCUUAUUUCCGGUCUAUUUGAGAAGCAGACGACAGAGAAUUGGAUUACAGACGACAUGAUACUCGGAGUUGCAAUGGACCUCAUUAAUACAUCCACUUUAACUUCGCGAGGAGUGAUUUCCGGUGUCUACUUCCUGUUAACUCAUUUUCCGGAUGUUCAGGACCGGAUAUACCAGGAGCUUAUCGCCGUCGUCGGUGCCGACAGGACGCCCGCCGUGGCCGACAUGUCUAUGAUGCCAUAUACUCAAGCGUGUAUCCUUGAAACAUUGAGGUUCCAAUCCCACUUGCCAAUCACCGCCACACAUACGAACCUCACUGAUGACGUGGAGCUGGAAGGAUACCACAUACCGCGUGGCGCGUCCGUGUACGGGAAUCUAUGGCUAGUCCACCACGACGACAGGGUAUGGUCCGAGCCAUGGAAGUUCAAACCGGAAAGAUUCCUCGGCGCGGAUGGCUCCCUGCUUCAUAAAGAUCCCAGCCUGCAACAGAUGCGGUACUUUAUGCCAUUCGGAGAGGGCCAUCGUUCCUGUAUGGGCGUGCGCGUUACGUACGACCGGAUGUUCCUUUUCGUGACGCUUCUUCUCCAGCGCCACCGGCUGCUUCCGCCCGCGGAGGGCGCGCUUCCUUCUAGCGACCCAAGGGACUUGGUUCCCGGAACUGUCUUACAGGCGCCUAAAUUCUAUUGUCGCAUAGUUCCGCGUUAAGUGUUACAAAAUAUGAGACUGCAACAAAGAUCUGCUUGUGUGACGUGUCGGAACAACUUCAUAAGAACAAAGUGGAUGUAGGGUGUCGGCGGUUGUUGUACGAAGUUGUCUCUCUUUGACAAUUGAAACCAGUAUUGCAUACCGCGUCGUGUAACAUUAUUUUGUUAUAUGAGUCGCAUUCUGGGAAAAUUGGGCAUAAUACAUGUGCGUAAAGUAUCGUCCCAGAUUAGCCUGUGAAGUCCGCACAGGCUAGUCAGGGACGACACUUUCCGGCUUAAUUGAAUUUUUGCUAAGAAGAGACUUGAUUUAAACGAAAAAUGUCAUUAAAGUGUCGUACCUGAAUAGCAUGUGCGGAUUGCACAGGCUAAUCUGGGACAACACUUUACGAACAUGCAUUAUGCCCAGUUUUCUCAGAACACGACUCGUAUAUUUACAUGAACUGUGACCUGAAUAAUCGUCAUUUUAGCUACUGCCAUAUUUUCACCUGCUAAAUUCUAUGUUUCUUGAAAUAUAGUACAAUGCCGUUUUUGUGUUUUAUGUUAAUGUAAUACAGACAACAUGGUACUCUUUAUUUCCAAUCAAAUGGAAACAGACGGUUUAAUAAUGAUAAUGACACGUUUUGUUGAAUGUCGUGUUCGUAAAUAUCCAAGUGGUCAUUUAAAUCAUUUAAAAUGUUUAAUUUGUGUGAAAUACAGGUUGUUGUUUGUAUUUGCUUUUUAUUUUAUUGUUCCCAAUGUUGUGCAAUAUUAUAUGAGUAUUAACUAUUUAGGAUUUUGUAAGUGCGUGCUUCCGUAAAUACUCGAAUUUGAGAGUAUCUAUUUAAUUUGUAAAAAUACCGCGAGAAUGAACAAUUAUCUUUUUUAAUAUCAAUUAAAGUUGAACACAUAUAAUUUCACAAUCUUGCGUUAUUGUUAUUUUUUAAAUUAACUUUUGAUAUUUUAAAUGUGUUGUAUUGUUUGCGUUUUAAGCAUGUUUAAAUCAAACGUUGAUUUUACCCAAACACAUGUUCGUGUAUAUACUUUACUUUGAAAUGCAAGAGCUCCAAGUGCAUGCAUAUUUUUAAAGGAUUGUGUGCUGUUUGUUAUCUCAUUUAGCCGUAUUGUUCGUUUGUUCGUUCUUUUGAUGAUUUUAUUUAUUUUAAUAUUAUACUUGUGCUGCUUUAAAAGUGUGUUAAAUCUCGAUAUUUUGCUUUUAUUUUGAAUGCAGAAUGAGCCGUAUUCAAAGAGGAUCAACAGUUUUUAAAUAUAGGUUUUCUUGAAUUCGGGUAAUUCUCUGUUAAUUGGACAAUAACAAGUGAACACAAUACUUCACACAUAAUCUUAAGACAUUUAAAUUGUUUCAAGUGUUCAAUUUUUACAUAUCGUAUUUAGCAUACGAAUAAAGUAGAAUACGAGUUUUCAAGGGCAUUUCAUAAACGAAUUUGCUAAAUAAAUGGAACAAGAACAAUUAUUUUAGUAUGCUUUUAAGAUAUCACCCCGGAAUCCAUAUUCACCAACCAAUCCUAAGACUCAGGUCUAAACAUAAAGCAGUUUCUUGAAACUGUAAUGUUCUAUAAUUACUUGAAAUUUAAAUCUAGCAUGGUAUUUAAUCCCUAUAAUAACAUCAUUAUUGAUUUAGAACUGUUUGUUAAGCGUUUCCAACUUUUAUAUUUUCGAGCUAUGAAGUACGUUUUUUUAUCUCAAAGUACAUAUAUCAAAUAUUUUUAAGUAUAAAAACUGGUUGCUUACUAUGGACCAUGGGUUGUUAUUCAGAGUUGGGCCGUGCUCUGUGAAAAGAGGAUUUCAUGCAUGUGCGUAAAGUGUCAACCCAGAUUAGCCUGUGCAGUCCUCACAGGCUAAUCAGGGACGAAUCUUUCCGCUUUAAUGAUAUUUUCUGUUUCAAGAAAGUCUCUUCUUAGCAAAAAUCUAGUUUAGGCGGAACGUGUCGUCCCUGAUUAGCCUGUGCGGACUGCACAGGCUAAUCUGGGACUACACUUCACGCAUAUGUAUUAAACCCCUUUAUCACAGAGCACGGCUCAAUUAAAAACGUAAGCACUACCAUGCUUCUAAUAAUAAAUGUCCAGCAUUAAAAUUUAAUUCGAUGUAAACCGAAAACGCUAUUAAAAUUUUAAAAUAUCA